AUGGCCAACGCCAGACUCUCGUUUGAACUCCGCAAGGAAACCCGAGAAUCUAUAGUAUCGCAGUUCUGGGGUCAGUAUAUGCAAUCCAUAUCCUCCGACAUUCUGAAAGAGAGAUGGAUCGCCGAGCAGGAAGGGAUUCUAAAAGACUAUUUCAAGUAUUAUCACGAUCAAGUGGCCAUACAGGAUCCACUCAGGAGUCCAGGAACACUUAAGACACAUAAAGAGCUGUUCUUCUUCACCGACCUAUUGAAACAAAAUGCUGAUAUACCGCGAACCGAAUUGACGGCAGCAUGCGAAAUGGUGUAUGGAAGUCGCCCAUAUAGUGGCUGCGUAAUGCUUACUGAGGGUCUACGGAACCUCCUGGCGAGGUGCAGCAGGGCCGGUCGUCGUAUUAAUUUCGACUCUGCUUUGGCACUUGCUGUGAGAGUUCUAUUUGCUGUUAACAUUCCUUCUACCUCCCAGCCUCGGCGUAACAGAAUGGUUGUUGGCCAGUCAAACUUGGUCUGGGCUGGCCGUUACUCAUUGCGGGAGUUUCUGGAUGAUACAUUUCCAAUGAGUGAACAGACUCUGGGGAGUGGUCUCGUCAAAAUAAAGCGCACUAAAUUAAGAGCUCGCUUCCUGGAGAACCACGCCGACAUAGAGAUCGAGUGGACAAAACAUCUUCCGGAUCAUUUGAAAUUGGAAACUACCGGGAAUAGGAAGAUUUUGCAAAUAUUCGAACUUGUAUCAUUCCUACAGGUAUCGUACAAUGCAACAUGCGCGGAGGACUUUAAUCUACCGACCUCAGAAAGCAUACGACUUGGUUGCUAUCGUCCGAGAUUCCUUUGGGAGACUUUGAAGACAAUGCAGCUACUGUUUCCGCCUGGAGAUUGGAAUUGGUUAAAGAGCAAGAAAGAAAAUUAUAAACAGCUCCGUUGCCAUUUCGAGGAUUGGCACGGCAAAGACGUCAACCUAAGGGCACUUACGGGCGCACAGCUACUGAGGACUUAUCCUUAUUGGGCAGUUCGUCUGGAGAUUCUUUAUCAGGAGGCCGAGGACCCGACACCAGUCUCCUGCCUUGGACGAUGGGCCGAACGAAGGAAGGCAGCCUGGCAUUCCUACCUGGUUGCCUUCUGGGCCAUAGUCAUCGCCGUAUUUUUUGGACUCGCAGCUACCGCUUUAAGUGCAGUUCAAACGUGGAUCACGUAUCAAGCAUGGAAGCAUCCUAUCAACAGUUCCCAGACAUAG